AUGUCGCGUCAAAUUCCUCUGGUGACCAAAAAAGAAAUCAUCUAUCGUCGAAGCUUUAUUGAUGAUGUGAGUCCAUCAUUCGUGAUUGUUGUCAUCUGUCAUUGUAUUCCAGCACAAUGAUCGUUUUGAAAGUGUGAUGAGAAACCCGACGGGCCACCCUCAAAAGAGACCGGACCAAGAACGCUCACAGAAUGUCAAUGUGAGCCAUACCUACCACUCGGAUCUGGAAACGGAUGUAAGAAAGAAGGAGAAAUGCGUAUCUAAUUUUAAAUCAAGAUUCUUUUCAGUACCAACUCGCAAAGAUCAACAGAAAGCUGGACAAUAUCAUCGACUUUCUUCGCAACCCGUCGGUGAAGGUAAACUUUUCGGAACAAACUUCCUAUUGUUCCAAAGAUGUGCUCUUUUCAGAAAGAAAAUGAAGACAAGAGCAAUGUUGACAACGGACGUCAGGAGCAAACACGUCAAUACCAGGACAUCUGUGAUCGCAUCACUAAACUGGAGGCUGAGUUGACGGUAAACACUGAGGUUUUCUUCGAACCAGUAAGAAAAUGUUUCUCUUUAGGGAAAGAACGUGAAUACCUCUUCACUUCAAGCAGAAAUUCUUGAAUUGACCAAGAAGAUUCACGAGUUGUCGGGUGCUCAGGAUGAUUUCCGUGCUCGCUUGGUUAUUAACAACAUGGUCGGAGAGGAUAUUGAUGAGCUACUGAAGGUCAUCAACGAGACGCGUCGGGACUUGGAGGAGAAAAUCGGCAACACCAAGCGGCUGGGUGAUGGGAACUACGUUCACCUGGAAGAUAAGGUAGCUGCCGUAUCUCCUGUUUCUUGAGAAAAACUGUUUUUCUUCCAGCUCGACGGCUACUUCCGCAACCAACAAGGGGUUCAGCGCCAAGUUGAUCAUCUUCUGGACAUUCUGGCCCAUAAAUCUCAUCCAAACUCCGAUACUCCUUCGAGAUCCGCAUCUGCCCUUGGAAAGGAUGGGUAAGAAACACAAAAAAGAAAUUUCAUCCGUUGCAAUGUCGAAUUUUCAGCGUUUCCCGCUCUUCCUCGAAAGCCACGAGCAUCAAGCAAACUCUCGUUCUCCCGACUUCCCGUUCUCCGCCACCAAAGGCUGUGAGUGAGGUCAGCUACGUUUCCACUCCGCCCAGAACCGAGCGUUCGGAAUCUCAAAAGACCAAGAGCACUGUCAUCUCCUCAAACACGAUCUCGAGCAUCGGAAGCUCGAAAAAGGGUACGCGAUCGGCUCCACCGCCACCAAGACCACCCCUGAAGCCAGCGAGAAGCAUGGCCUUUGAAGUGCUCGAAAAGACAAAGAGCAUCGAGACUCUCAGUAAGACCUUUCCUUCUGAAAGAAUACUGUUAUUUUCCUUUUUCAGACAACAUCUACUAUGCUGCCCACCCGAUGACUCUCUCCGAAAUUUCCACCUCAUCGGAAAGCUACAUCGCUCCUCUGACUGUCAACGAUCGCCGCAACUCGCAACCGGCAAACAUCUAUCUUACCAAGAAAUAUUAA